GCCCGGCCACCCCGCCCCUCGCCGCUUCCCGGCAUCCCCACACCGCGCCGCCUCCCCAUCACCAGGGCCCGGCCGCGCGAGAACCUCAGACCGCUGGCCGACCCCACACGCCCCCCGCGCUCCCCCUGGAUCAGGUCCUUCCCUCGCCUCCGGUGCAGUCCAACCGCGAUCUCCGUGCGGUUCAACUUCGGCCCCGGCGCCUCACGCUCUCUGCUGGUAAAGCUGAGCGAGAGUGCUCGAUUUCCUCUGCCUCCCUGCUGGCAACCAACAGUAGCCAUGCGACCCUCCCUCUCCAGUACCAUUACUCCUCCGUCAAGGUCAUGUCCCUGCCUCCAGCAGAUGGGCCGAGCACCAGGCCACCCAUGUCAACCAUCUUCUUCCUCACAUCUUGCCAAUAAAGGUUUAAAUUAGGUCAGAUUUUGAAAUGCUAUUGGGGAAGGUCUGGUGUUUAGUUGGUGGCUAUGUGGUACCUACACCGGGCACUUUCCAUCAAGACCUUCAAGAAGAGAUGUCAUCUCAAGGUAUUUUCAAUAUUUUUUGGCAAAAUGGUCAUGGAAGUUGAACAAAUGCCAUGGAAUUCUUGUCAAGACAUCCGGAAGUUCAACAAUAAAAGAUACAUAAGUACAUGUAUGUGCUGACAAGUUGAACCCAGUCAUUUUACAUUUAAUGUCUUUGGUCUUGUUCUUGUCGAAUUUUGUAUAAUGUUUUGGGAUAUUUGCUUGACUCAAGUCUCCCAGUUGGGGCAACUAGAUGAUAUAAGUUCAUGUUGUGGAUAGGUGAUGGAUAAAAAGGUGCUAAUUGCAGCAGUUCAAAGACUCUUUUUAACACUACAGUAGCACUUCAAAUGAUGUUGUUGGCCGACAAUGUUUAUGUUUUUUGUAGUACAAGUUACAAAAGUGUUGGACAUAUCACUUGUGAACUACUUUGGUUCUGAGAAAGAGCUCGAAUGCAUGUCACAUGUUUUUGCUUGAGCUGGCCUGAA